UCUCCUUGCCGGUAGCGCCCAGCGGCCCCGGCCUUGGGGGGCGGGCGGGCGAACGCGGAGGGGCCCGAGCUUACCUUCCGAGCGGCGGCGGGGAGAGGCGUGGCCUCCCCUCUGGGCGGGCGUCCGCCUCCGCGCGCCAAAAUCAAAUCGGAGACCCGCCGGCGCGAGAUCCUGUGACUAGCCGGAGUCCAGCCUGCAGGGCGGCGGAAGCGCGAGCACCUGUGUCCACUUCCCAGCCACCAGCCCGACGCGCUCGGCCGCCCCCUGUCGAGGCAUGGCCACCCCACCCAAGAGGAGCUGCCCCUCUCCCGCGACCAGCUCGGAGGGAACCCGCAUCAAGAAAAUUUCCAUCGAAGGGAACAUCGCAGUCGGACUUUUAAAAAGCAAGGCAAGCAGAUGUUUUAGCAGCAUUCCAAGAAAUAGAAAAAAAGCUGGACAUACCCUCAAACAGGACAUUUUGUUUCAUUGCUCUCAUAUUAAGGCACCAGUGGAAAAGAUCCAUAUACAGUUGGACCAUUGAACAACAUGCAUUUGAACUGUGCAGGUGAAGUUAUACAUGGAUUUCCCCUCCAAUAAAUACGCUGCAGGGAAGUCAACAUUUGUGAAUAUCCUUAAACAAGUCUGCCAGGAUUGUGAAGUGGUUCCUGAACCUAUUGCCAGAUGGUGCAAUGUUCAAAGUACUCAAGAUGAAUUUCAGGAACUGACUACAUCUCAGAAAAGUGGUGGGAAUGUUCUUCAGAUGAUGUAUGAGAAACCUGAGCGAUGGUCUUUUACCUUCCAGGCAUAUGCCUGCCUCAGUCGCAUACGAGCUCAGCUUGCCUCUCUCAACGGCAAGAUCAAAGAUGCAGAGAAACCUGUAUUAUUUUUUGAACGAUCUGUGUAUAGUGACAGGUAUAUUUUUGCAUCUAAUUUGUAUGAAUCUGAAUGUAUGAAUGAAACAGAGUGGACAAUUUAUCAGGACUGGCAUGACUGGAUGAAUAACCAAUUUGGCCAAAGCCUUGAACUGGAUGGAAUCAUUUAUCUUCGAGCUAGUCCAGAGAAAUGCUUGAGUAGAAUAUAUUUACGGGGAAGAAAUGAAGAACAAGGCAUUCCUCUUGAAUAUUUAGAGAAGCUUCACUACAAGCAUGAAAGCUGGCUCCUGCACAGAACACUGAAAACCAACUUUGAUUAUCUACAAGAAGUGCCUGUCUUAAUAUUGGAUGUUAAUGAAGACUUUAAAGACAAACACGACAGUCUGGUUGAAAAGGUCAAAGAAUUUUUGAGCACUUUGUGAUCUUGCUGAAGACUUCAGGGAGAAAAAUGAUUCCAGACACUUCAGCUUUGUGUAUCUUUGUAGCUUUGUAUUUAUACAAGUCUCUUUAGAAAACCCAAGUGUUUAACCAUUUUUGUUCCAAGAAAAAAUGAUUUUUUAUGAGUCCUAUAUGAAAGUUUAUGACCAGCUUCUUCCCUCCCUCCUUCCCUCCCUCCCUCCCUCCCUCCCUCCUUCCCUCCCUUCCUUCCUUCUUCCUUCCUUCCUUUGUAUAAAAACCAGACAUUUAAUUAUCUCUCAUGGCAAGAAGUCUGGAGGUAGAUGGUUCCAGAAUCACUAUAGUGGCUAAAGGUCCUAUAUCACAAAGGACCCACGCUUCUCUGUCUUUCCCCUGUUAUCCUCCUCAGCAGGUUGGCUUUUUUCCUGGUGCUUCUCAUCUCAUUGUUGACUAGUUUUUUAACUGGAUUUCUUAACUGGAAACUUUGUUUCAUAGAAAAUGGUAAUGUGUCUGGUGUAAAUUAGCACAAAAAGUUGAAAAGUGGAAUUUAAGGAAUCUCUAGAAAAAGAAUUGUUUUAUUUUAAGUACUUUGAUCCAUUGCCUUCCCUUCUAUCUCAAUUUAUGUGGAAGAUAAGAUCAGAUGUAAUAUUUAAUCCAUUGAUAUUUAUUAGUGUGUCUAUAAUAUUUUCAUAGAGGAGCAAGUUAGACUAUGUUCCCAGUUUGUAAUGGCAUACAUCUGUACUAUGGGUGAGACUUCAUCUUUUUGCAUGGGGUUUUGGAUGAUUAAAGAGGAAAUGUUUCUUAAAAUACAACUUAUAAGCGCC